UACAUUUAUCAUCCACAAUAACAUAAUUGAUAAUCGUUGCAUCAGUCUAAGGAGAGGAGAGAAAGCUGAUGGACAUAAAAAACUGACUUUCGGGAAUCGGGACUUUCAUGAUUACAACCUCCAGGUGUCCCGGGAGUACAUCGUCCAGAAGAGGCUUAUCUCGCAUCAACGUGGACUCUCGCCUGGUCUAACGUUCACUUCACUUUAUACAACACCAUGGAGGGGCAGGGUAUUGCAUUGCUGUUGGUGAUAUCGCUAGCAGUAUUUGGAUUAUGUAGAUCGAAUCCGAUCAGUAGAGGACCUAACGACUCCAAGUCCAUGCUAAAAGAACACCUCAGAUAUGCCCCAAAGAACUACAAAGACCAUCCAGAUGGAUAUUGGUUUGGCACCCAAAAUCUAAACUGUAUGAUGGGCUGGUGGUUCCAUAGAGCUCGCCGCGAUGUUGCGCCUGCACGCCACACAUUGACCUAUGCCCAUCGUUUGGUAUUUUAUGGCGGGAAGGUAUUCGAAUGGGGCGUAACAUCUAAAAUGACAUAUAAUGUUGGAUACGACCCAUCAAAACCUCAUUGUGAAAUAACAUGGGAAGAGCAACCUGCAGGAAGAUCAAACUGUAGUCACGUAGACAUGGUCGAAUUUACGAAAUCUUACCCGGAUAAUUAUGGCAUGUACAAUGCCUUCACCAACAAUUGCCACCAUUUUGCAAAUUACUUUUCCCAUCGUCUUAUAAGUGGCCAAUGCGGAAUGCAGGACAACGCCUGGCAGGAAUUUAUGCGCCAUCUAUGGCAGGGACUAUCGUCUGUUGUUAAUAUUGACUUCACCAUUUUAAUACCAGACGGAGGAAGACCAGCUAGAUCAUAGAUUUGAAUACUAGUAGACGGCAUGUAUUCUUCUCGAUAAACUCCUUGAAACUAUAUAUUCAUGAACGACAUUACGUGCUGAAAGGAAUGCGUGUAGUGGAAACAUAAAUCUAUGCUUUGAGAAAAAGCAUGCAUGAAACAUGUGAAAGGUUCCGAAAUUACAAGCCAUCUUGUCAAAAAUAUCGAAUGGUACCACAAAUAUUGACAAUGUUUGAAAACACAUAAAUGAGUUGGAUAUUGUAAAGACACAUAUUUAUCGUGCAUUGCAUGUGAUCAUCCUUAUUUAUUGAGGUGUGAAUAAAUCAAAUGAAAAAUAUUUUAAUUACUUUUAUUAUGCAAAUAAUAAUUUGUCACUCAUGGAGCAAAUUGUUACUGCUUAAUAUAUGGUGAAUGACAAAUUAGGUUUUAUAAGUAUGAGAAUAGCAUGAUGUCUUGAUAUUUUAGCGUAACGUCGUUUGAAAAGUGACGGCGGUGAUUGAAAAAAACGAUGUAAAGAUAAAACCGCAACGAAAUGUUUGUAGAUUUC